AUGAAAGGGUUGGUGGGUCAAUUUGGAGGGGGGGGCGGGGUGCUGCGUGAGGGCAAAGGGGGUUCUGGCAGGGAAGAAAUAUGUGGUGGCAUAGGGGAAAGUAUCGUGAGGUCACUUUCCUCUUUAUUCGUGCACUUAUCUUGCCCCUCUGACCGCACCGCACCCCCCUUCCAACUCACCCAUCACCUCCUAACCCACUGCCCGCACCCUCUUUUCCCUCUCCACGCACCUUCAUUCCCCCCUUUUGACCUCACCUUCCUUUUUCCCUCCCCUGUUUGCCUACAUUCCCCAUAUGAAAUCAAGUCCUUUCCCCCUCCCUAUGCACUUAACUCUCCCCUCUCAAAUCACCUCUUGCCCCCUCUGACAGCACCUCUUGCCCCCCUCCCAACACCUUCUCUCCCGACCUCUGUCCUCUCCUCCUUCCCCCUCUCAGUGCACCUUCUCCCCACCUCUGUCCUCUCCUCCCUUCCCCCUCUCACAGCUCCUACCUUCCCCCACCCACAGCAUCUCCCUUCCCCCACCCACAGCAUCUCCCUUCCCCCUCUCACAGCUCCUCCCUUCCCCCUCUCACAGCUCCUCCCUUCCCCCACCCACAUCAUCUCCCUUCCCCCUAUCACAGCUCCUCCCUUCCCCCUCUCACAUCUCCUACCUUCCCCCACCCACAGCAUCUCCCUUCCCCCUAUCACAGCUCCUCCCUUCCCCCUAUCACAGCUCCUCCCUUCCCCCUCUCACAGCUCAUACCUUCCCCCACCCACAGCAUCUCCCUUCCCCCUAUCACAGCUCCUCCCUUCCCCCUCUCACAGCUCCUCCCUUCCCCCACCCACAUCAUCUCCCUUCCCCCUCUCACAGCUCCUCCCUUCCCCAUCUCACAGCAUCUCCCUUCCCCCACCCACAGCAUCUCCCUUCCCCCUAUCACAGCUCCUCCCUUCCCCCUCUCACAGCUCCUCCCUUCCCCCACCCACAGCAUCUCCCUUCCCCCUCUCACAGCUCCUCCCUUCCCCCACCCACAUCAUCUCCCUUCCCCCUCUCACAGCUCCUCCCUUCCCCCUCUCACAGCUCCUACCUUCCCCCACCCACAGCAUCUCCCUUCCCCCACCCACAGCAUCUCCCUUCCCCCUAUCACAGCUCCUACCUUCCCCCUCUCACAGCUCCUCCCUUCCCCCACCCACAUCAUCUCCCUUCCCCCUAUCACAGCUCCUCCCUUCCCCCUCUCACAGCUCCUCCCUUCCCCCACCCACAGCAUCUCCCUUCCCCCACCCACAGCAUCUCCCUUCCCCCUAUCACAGCUCCUACCUUCCCCCUCUCACAGCUCCUCCCUUCCCCCACCCACAUCAUCUCCCUUCCCCCUAUCACAGCUCCUCCCUUCCCCCUCUCACAGCUCCUCCCUUCCCCCACCCACAUCAUCUCCCUUCCCCCUCUCACAGCUCCUCCCUUCCCCAUCUCACAGCAUCUCCCUUCCCCCACCCACAGCAUCUCCCUUCCCCCUAUCACAGCUCCUCCCUUCCCCCUCUCACAGCUCCUCCCUUCCCCCACCCGCAUCAUCUCCCUUCCCCCUAUCACAGCUCCUCCCUUCCCCCUCUCACAGCUCCUACCUUCCCCCACCCACAGCAUCUCCCUUCCCCCACCCACAGCAUCUCCCUUCCCCCUCUCACAGCUCCUCCCUUCCCCCUCUCACAGCUCCUCCCUUCCCCCACCCACAUCAUCUCCCUUCCCCCUCUCACAGCUCCUCACUUCCCACACACAGCAUCUCCAUUCCCCAUAUCACAGCUCGUCCCUUCCCCCUCUCACAGCUCCUCCCUUCCCCCACCCACAGCAGCUCCCUUCCCCCUCUCGCACCUCCUACCUUCCCCCUCUCGCUGCUCCUCCCUUCCCCGUUCCGCCUCUCAUUCCGCAUCUCAAGCCGCCUCUCCUUCCGCCUCUCAUUCCGCCCCUCCUUCCGCAUCUCACUCCGCCUCUCGCGUCGCCUCUCAUUCCGGGUUUCUUUCCGCCCCUCAUUACGCCUCUCAUUACGCCUCUCAUUACGCCUCUCAUUACGCCUAUCUAUUCGCCUCAUCCCGCCUCUCAAUCCGCCUCUCAUCCCGCCUCUCACGCCGCCUCUCGUUCCGCCUCUCGUUCCGCCUCUCAUUCCGCCUCUCGUUCCGCCUCUUUUUCCGCCUCUCAUUCCGCCUCACAUUCCGCCUCUUAUUCCGCCUAUAA